AUGGCGGCCGCCAUAGCCACAGAGUCGCUGGCAUCCAGGACAAGUCAUCCUGCAGACAAGAGGCCUUGGCAGGCAACAGGGCCGCAAGCCGCAGCAAGCCAGGAAUCUGAAGAGCCAAUUCCCCUCCCUCCCAAUGCCGUUGCGGACCCCGCAAAAAGAAGAAGUAAAGUUAACAGCUCGACAAGCUCCAAGUUCCAAGCUUGUCCCAUUCGGCCAGCCGCAAAUCGCGUCGUGCUGGUUUCGUCAUAG